AUCUGAUUGUUGGGCAGGACAAUAUUAAUUGCAAAUCAGACGUUUUAGAAUCCUUCACCAAUAUUAAAGCAAUGGUUGGUGUCUGCAUAUCCACGGAGCUUUGAGAGAUUACUUCAACGGUGUCCAAUUUCCGCAGCCUUUAUAGAUUACUUGAUCGUGUUUUCCGGCUAUCCUCAAUUGGAACGUCCCAGUUGAAGAAACCCCAUCUGCAAGUCUUGAAAUGGGUGAUGAUCCUAAGCAAGAUCUAGGUCAAGAAGUUAAUGAGCAAACCCCUUCUGACGGUGCUGGAACCUCAAGAAAGCGACCUGUUACUUCCAAGUUUCUCUCUUCCAAUCUUCCAAUUGGUUGGCGCUUCUUCAAGGUUAUGAGGCCAGGGUUCCAUACCAGACUCAACCUGCCGCCCAUUUUGUGUAAGAAGCUUGGUGAAAAAAAGCCGGAAGAAGUGGUGUUAACAGGCCAAAAUGGGAGCUUCAAAGUUAAAAUCCAAGAAGGCAAAGAUCAAAGGCUCUGUUUCACAGAGGGGUGGGAUGAUUUUGUGGGUCAAAAUGGCAUAUCUCUUGGAGAUUUCGCCGUGUUUGAACACAUGGACAGUUUUCAUUUCAGUGUCGUUCUGUUUGACCAAACUUGUUGCCAGAAAAAUGUCCAUGUCAACCCAGAAACCAGCAGCAAUGACAGUGAAGGAGGAAAGAGUUUGUGUACCGGGCAAGAAAAUUCUAGUUGCUUUACAACCACCAUAAAAGCAUACAAUGUACGCAGUAGGGCUCCUUACAUGCACAUUCCACGGAAGUUUUGUACAUCAAACAAUCUUUUGAUGAGCACAAGCAUCACUCUUAGAGGACCCUGUGGUAAACUCUGGCCAGCCAAACUUAGAACAUAUGUAUAUGGUAAGACAUCGGGAGACUAUGCAUGCAUUUAUGAUGGCUGGAAAGAAUUUGCCACGCACUAUGAUCUUAAGGAAAGAGAUGUCUGCAGCUUUCGCUUCGUUCCUCGCCCAACUUCUUACUGUUUGAUGGUGGAUGUGAAGAUCAUUCCGGCCUGUUAAUUAACUUCAUUUUAGCACUAAUCUAAGAUGACCUCUUUUUUUUGUCCUUUUUGAAUCAUCUUGGCAAAUGCAGCAUGUAGUUUUUGGAUCAUUUCGGCAAACAUGGUAGGAAGCUGCCAGCUUCCUUUCUACUGAUAUGAUAAUUUUGGGCAAAA